UAGACGCCAAACUGUUAAAUGCAAUUGUGAGUGUUUUUUACCAAUAAUAUAUGUACAAAGUAAGUACAAUAAAAUAACUGUUUAUUUCAAUUUAUUGUUUUAUUAAUAAUUUUUGUAUAUUGCUUUAGGAUGACAUCGACAGCUACCAAAAGAAGCCGUGCCACAUCCGAGCAGCUAAAUCGCCUGCUUGACUACCUAAUGGAAGUCCCGGGUCUAGCAGGAUCUAGGUUCCACAGCCUCCAUGGUAAGUACGAGUGCGACAAAAAGUGGAGCGAGCUAGCAACAAAAUUAAAUAGUCUGGGUGGAGCAGUGAAGACGGUGAAUCAAUGGCAAACGGUAUGGCGGGACUUAAAAAGCCGCACCAGCAUUAAAGCACGGAAUCGGCGAAGGCAACAAGCUUUAACUGGAAACAGGCCAAUCAGUGAGGAGCCCCUAACGGAAUUCGAGAGGCGGGUGUCUGCUCUUAUAGGGGAGGAGUAUAUGAAGGGCCACGAUUCAACCCCUGAAAAUAUUCCACUGGAGGAGGUAAUCCAAAUGGGUAUCGAAGUGGAAGAUGAAAGGGUGAUUUCGGAAGCCCCGUCGCCUUUACGGACGCCACUGGCAGAGAAUUUCACGCUGAGGUCAGGUAAUUCCCAUAUCUCAGACAGGAGAACACCACGGGCGAGCUUGAAAAGAAAGCGCAUGGAAGAAGACGGUAAUGCUCGGAAGAAAUUUUUGGAAAUAGCAGAAAAACAGGCAGAUGCACUAAAGAUGCUAGCCCAGUCGAGUAGAGAAACAGUUGAAGUCGCGAAACAACAAGCGGAUGCUUUAAAGGUAAUUUAUUUUCAACACAUAAAAGUGGCAUUUUAUUAAUUGUUCUUGCUAUUUUUUAAUAGAUCUUAGCCGAAAGCAGCUCUGCAAUUGCUCAGGCUAAUAAAAUGAUGGCGGAGGCAAUAGCCGUAUUGGGGAAUGGAUUAAGCGCUACCGCAGAAGCAUUCAACAAUCUAACGAAUGCAAUCUAUCGUAUGUAGAUUAGAAACCAAUUCCGCAG